UCGGUUGUUAGAUCCAUCUGUACAAUUAAUGUAAUAAUAGUAUUUCGAAAAUGUUCCUUAAAUUUAUAUUUGGAGUUAUUUUGCUGGCCGUUUUCGUGGAGGGGCACGACAAAGUCGUAGUCUGCUACUACGGCACAUGGGCCACCUACCGCUCUGGCGACGGCAAAUUCUCCGUCUCCGACAUCAACGCUUCACUCUGCACCCAUCUCGUUUACACCUUCGUCGGGAUCCAUGACGAUGGGACUGUUAUCUCGCUCGAUCCGUAUCUGGACUUGCCUGAUAACCAAGGACGUGACAAUUUCAAGAAAUUCAACGCAUUGAAGCAACAGAACAACCAGUUGAAAACUAUUCUGGCCGUCGGGGGCUGGAAUCAGGGAUCUGCAAACUACUCCACGAUGGCAGCCUCCGCUACCCUGCGCAAGACCUUCAUCACUACCGCCAGAGAUAUGGUCCUGACCUACGGUUUCGACGGCUUAGACAUAGAUUGGGAGUACCCCAACCAACGGGACAGUACUCAGGGAGUUGCUGACGUGAACAACUUCUCUUUAUUACUGAAGGAAUUGAGGGAAGAGUUCGAUAAACAUGGACUGUUGAUUACUGUUGCUGUUGCCGCUGUGGAGUCGAGUGCGUCGCUGUCUUAUGAUAUCCCUAAUGUGGCCAAGUACGUGGACCUCGUAAACAUCAUGACAUACGACCUCUAUGGCGCCUGGGAUUCGAUCACCGGCCACAACGCUCCCCUCCACGUAGAUCAGGGUAGGAUCUACGCUGUGGAUGCCGCUUUGAACUAUUGGCUCUCACAAGGCUGUCCCCCAGAAAAGGUUGUAAUGGGCAUACCUUUCUACGGCAGGACUUUCAACUUGACCGAUGCGAAUAACAAUGGGGUAGGGGCUCCAUCAAGUGGGGUUGGGUUCGCUGGACAAUAUACUGCUACAAAAGGCUUUGUUGGAUACAACGAGUUCUGCACCAAACUAAACACGGAAACCUGGGACGUCCUUUACGAUUCCAUAGCUCAAGUGCCAUAUGCCAUCCAAGACAAAAACUGGGUAUCCUACGAUGAUCCCAAUUCCAUAGCCAAGAAGGUCGAAUAUGCCAUGAAUCUCGGCAUCGCCGGUGCCAUGGUUUGGAGUAUCGAAACUGAUGACUUCCACGGGAAGUGUGGAGAGGACUUUGCUUUAUUAAGGGCUAUUAACUCAGCUUUAGCUGGAUCUAGUACUACUACUACUACAUCUACUACUACUCCUAGUACCACUACAACAACUAAACGUCCUACUACUACAAGUACUGCGGCCCCUACACACCCAACUACUGUUACUACUACUACUAGUACUACAACGACGUCUACUGUAAAACCUACGACAACAACAACAUCAGCACCCUCAGCACUAUGCACUAAAGAAGGUCCAAUACCCAACCCUGACGAUUGUUCCACCUUCUUCAUCUGUGUCCAAGGAAACUACGGCAUGGUUCCCACACUCAUGAACUGUCCAGCCAAUCUGGUGUGGGAUGAUGAGAAUAAAAUCUGCAAUUAUAGGUACCUUGUCAAAUGUGAAGCUUGAAAAUCGAAUGGUGUCUUGAGGCUAUCAAAAGUUUCUGAUGCGGGUUAGCAAAGAGGUUCAAGUAUAAACAAAAAUAGUGCCAAAGUAAAACGUGUAGCCACAGUGCAUAGACUACCAUCUCCCGACUCGUUCUAAGGUACGUUUUUUCUUUACGGAGUUUUAUACCUGUGCUAAUUAUAUAUUCUUUGGUAUUAAAUAUGCUAUUAGGAGAAAAUAUGUAAAAUAACUUAGCUUCCUAAACCAACUCAAUGCACCUAAAAUUAUUUUGAGCUUAUUUUAUUUUAUUAAAAACUACCUACGAGUACAAAAAACUUUAGUUACUAUUGUUAUUUUAUUUUAAACUUCUGCAUUACAUAUCGCUAUCAUAAGAGUAAAAUUCUCGUAUUAUAUUAUACCUUGUAUUGGAAAUGUCUGAAUUGUAUCUGUACCUACUUUAAUUGAUGUGAUUUGAUGUUCAAUUUGUUAACUGGUAUCUCCAAAUGCCAACCUACGACUUUGGCAAAAAUGCCGAAUUGAUCUUUGCCUCAAUCUCUGUAAAGACGUAUUAACUAUUUGAUUAUUUAUAAAAAAACUUCAUUAUUAAUUAUUACUCUUAUGGUCCGUGAAUCGAAUUCUAAUCUUAAAUAUGAUUAGUUACGAACAAUACCUAAUUUUAAUUGAAUUUGAUUGUACUUACAAAAACCAUAUGAAUAAAAUUUUGCCAAAUUAAUAAAAAAAAAA